AAAAAUCACUAAAAUAUUGUACCAAAUUGUUUGACAUUUAUCAUAUGUGUAGAAAUAACUCUAUUUUUUCAGUGUUCCAAGCGAAUUUAAUCGGGAUAAAUUAUCAGAAAAAUACAACAAACGAUGUCCGUUGCGGAAUUUUUAAAAGGUCUGCCGUCGUAUAACGAAAGCAACUUCACAAAGUUCCACGUGGACACUAACAAUAGGUCUCUAGCGAAAAGGCCGUCUGUUUAUGUGCCCACAAAAGAUUUUCCUUCAGAACAAGUGAUAGUUACGGAAAAAACAGGAAUUUUAUUAAGGUACCUUCAUCAACAUUGGGAGAAAAAGAAUACUCAAAAGAAACGUGAGCACAAUGAUGAUGUCUCACAAUCAAGGAAGCGACCCAGAACAGACUACAUUAUGGUCCCUUAAACACAAAUAAUUAGUUUAUAAGUUUCUAUGCUACUGAAAUUUCCAUUUUUCUUCAUUUUCUUUGCUUUAUUGUUAAGAAAAAGGGUUUCUGUUAAAAAAUUAUCUCAUUUUUUUCAUGAAAUCAUAUUCUUUAAUUAUUAGUAUUGCUACAUUACUCAAUUGUACAUAAAACCAUAAACACAUCCAUGUAUGAAGAAAAAAAAUGAUGUAUCUCCAUGUUUAAAUAUAAGUUAAGUCUAGGUUUUAACAAGAAUUGUAAUAUUUUUAAUUGUUAAGUUGAAGAGCAUUUAAGUUAUCGACGGUGUGCCUGGCGAUCCGACCACGUCUAUAAUUUCCGGUCCCAGCUGUUUGUUACCUUCCUGUUCAUUAUUUGAGAGCAGCUGAGGAGGGAUCGUCAAAGUCUGAACAAAGAAAACAAGAUACAAAAUAUAUAAGGAAAAGAACUCUACAAAUAAAGAUGAAUCAAAUAAAUCAA